CAUUGUUCAUAGUCCAAACCUCUUUCUCUUUCUCUUUCAUCACUCUCAUAACUUCGUGAACAAUGAACAUAGUUGCCAUGAAAAUCUUUCUCUGAAGGCUUCUUCUACUACUCUGCAUGCCUGAAUCUUCUAUUGAUGUUGAAGUAGCUUAAUCAUGACUGCAAAGGGACAAAAAUCUGUGAGGUUUGAAAAUGAUCCUAUUAUUGAUGGCAGGUUUGAAAAUGAUCCUAUUACUGAUGGAUUUCACAAAAGAAAAGUUAAGCCAAGUGUAAGUCCUGUGAGUGAUGUAUCAAUCAAAAGGAUGGCUUCUGGGAUCAAUGUUCUUGAUCCACAGGGGCCACUACUUCAGAAAUGGAACAAAAUUUUUGUAACCACUUGUGUGAUGGCAAUCUCUGUGGACCCGCUGUUCUUUUACAUCCCUGUGAUUGAUGUCAACAGAAAAUGCCUUGAUUUGGAUGAAACAUUGAAGAUUACUGCUAGUGUUCUUCGCACAUUCUUUGAUCUUUUCUACAUUCUUCGCAUCAUCUUUCAAUUUCGAACCGGGUUUAUUGCCCCUUCUUCUCGUGUAUUUGGAAGGGGUGAGCUUGUUGAUGAUCCUUGUACCAUAGUGAUGAGAUACUUAAGUUCUUACUUCAUCAUUGACAUUCUAUCAAUUAUUCCAAUUCCUCAGAUGGUCAUUUUAUCUAUCAUUCCAAUACCAGAAGGCUCAGUUCCACUUGCGGCAAAGGAUUUGUUGAAGUAUGUAAUAAUAAUUCAGUAUGUGCCAAGACUUCUACGGAUCUAUCCUAUGUUCAAAGAAGUAACAAGCACUUCUGGCAUAUUGACUGAGACAGCAUGGGCUGGAGCUGCUUAUAAUCUUUUUCUCUAUAUGCUAGCAAGUCAUGUGGUUGGAGCUUUCUGGUAUCUAUUUUCCGUAGAAUCAGAGGUGCGGUGCUGGCGCAGACAGUUGAAGAAUACUACAUUCUCUCAUGAUUCCUACAUGAGCUGUGGAUAUGGCAUUCCUAGUGUUCUAUCACUUCUCAAUAAUUCUUGCCCUUACACUGAUCCUGAUGAAACAGAAGACCUCACAGUUUUCAAUUUUGGAAUAUUUUUACAAGCUCUAAAGUCUCGUGUGGUAGAAUCAACUACAAAUUUCCCUCAUAAGUUCUUCUACUGCUUUUGGUGGGGUUUGCGCAAUGUAAGUUCUGUUGGGCAAAACCUACAGACAAGUACUUAUGUUGGGGAGAUAAUCUUUGCUAUCUUCAUUGCUGUCUUUGGAUUGGUUCUGUUCGCAUUACUUAUUGGAAACAUGCAGAAAUAUCUACAAUCUACAACUGUUAGAGUUGAAGAGAUGAGAAUCAAAAGGAGGGAUGCAGAACAGUGGAUGUCCCACCGUAUGCUACCUGACUACUUGAAGGAAAGAAUUAGAAGGUAUGAACAAUACAAAUGGCAAGAAAAUAGGGGUGUUGAGGAAGAGACAUUAAUUCGAAACCUCCCUAAAGAUCUCAGAAGGGACAUAAAGAGUCACCUUUGCUUAGAUUUACUUAAAAAAGUGCCAAUGUUUGAGAACAUGGAUAAACAGUUGUUGGAUGCAAUGUGUGAUAGACUUAAGCCAGUACUUUACACAGAGAAAAGUGACAUUGUUCGUGAAGGAGAUCCAGUUGAUGAAAUGCUCUUCAUCAUGCGUGGAAAACUUGCCACUACCACAACAAAUGGUGGAAGAACUGGUUUCUUCAACUCCUCUGAGCUCAAGGCUGGUGACUUUUGUGGAGAAGAGCUCUUAACAUGGGCAUUGGAUCCCAACUCCACCUCAAAUCUACCUAUUUCAACCAGAACAGUAAAAACUAUAUCAGAAGUGGAAGCCUUUGCUCUCAUGCCUGAUGACUUGAAGCUUGUUGCUUCCCAAUUUCGACGUCUUAUAAACAGCAAACAGCUCAAGCACACUUUCAAGUUCUAUUCCCUGCAAUGGAGGACAUGGGCUGCAUGUUUCAUACAAGCAGCUUGGCGUAGAAACAGGAAAAAAAAGAAUGAGAGGUCAUUACGUGAAGCAGAAGAGAGGCUACAUGCUUAUGAAAAUGAGGAAGGGUCCUCACCAAGCUUUGUUGCCACAGUAUAUGCAUCAAGGUUUGCAUCCAAUGCAUUAAAGCCCUUGCGAAGUGGCAAACGCAACAGAUUGCCACAGACACAGAGAUUAAUGCCAUUCCUGCCUCAGAAGCCAGCUGAACCAGAUUUCACUACUCAAAUGACUUGAGAGUGUUGUGUACUAUAUUGUAGCUUUAAGAAAAAUUGUUGAUGUGUGCGUGUUUAACAUCAUCAUAGCUUUAGUGUGUGCACAUAAGUGGUGUUUGAGAUUACCUACAACAACUAUAUGGGCAUAAGCAGUGUGUAAAAAAUGUCUAGUGAUAAUGGUUUCCUUAGGCUAAAUUUUUGUUAAACUCAUCGCUUGUGAUAGUUGCUUUUGUGAUAGAAAGGUUAUAGAUUGGAAUUGGAAAAUCAAUCUCU